AGUCUUUAUCUCGUUGUAUCUCUUUGGCUAAAAAUAGUCUGUCGCCAAAUGUGUUUGAGAAUGAAUGGAUUUGAUUGGACAGAGCUUGCACUGACUCGCUAACUUUCGCAGCUGUCAACCACAGUUCAAGUUUAGGGGGAGAUUGAUGCAUCUACGUUUAUAUAUGCUUAUUCUAUUGCACAAUAUAUUAUACAGCUCCCCACCCGGACGUCGUUUGUGGAAUUAUGAGUAGGCUACAUUAGGAAACUAGCAAUUUAACUAUUACUACGAAUUAAGCUUGCUUUAAUAGCUAACUAACGGUUGUAGCUAGCCUAUAACUCGACGUAGGACAGGUAAUCAAGUUCUUCAUGUGCUUUCUGUGAACUUUGUGAAGAGGACACAACGUUGCAGCAGUGGCUGACAUAUUGAACAAGAUUCAUUGUAACAUUCCAAUGUACAAUAGAGGAGUCCUUGACACAAAGUUGCAACUAGCAAGCUUGUAUGCAUGAUCUGGUGAGAUACGUAGACCUAGCAUAAUGGCAGAGGCUGUGGCCAAUGUUGCCCGGAGAGUCAAUGCGACAGUGGAGGAGGAGAAAGAUACUCUGGAUCUGUCGAACUGCAAACUGAUCAGUUUCCCAGAUGGCGUAUUCAGGGUCCUCAACAGCGUUGCAGAGAAGAUACACAUCGUCACGUUGGCUGACAAUGAGAUGAAGGGAGUUACUGGCAAAUUCUUCAAAACCUUCACUCAAUUGAGAGAACUGGACUUGCACGGCAAUGUGAUCACUAAACUGCCAGACGUAGUUGGGGAGCUGGAGCAUCUGACCAGCAUCAACUUGGCCAACAACAAGUUGUCUGUCUUCCCUGAGAGACUGACGGAGAUCCAGUCACUGGAAAGGAUCAACCUGGAAGGGAAUGAUAUCACUGAACUCCCCAUGGAAAAGUUGCAGGCCAUGCCAGCUCUGAAGUGGAUCAACUUGAAGUCAAAUCCUUUGGACAACAACUUGUUAACUGCCAUUCAGCAAUUUCCUCAAACAUUUGAAAUUCAAACUACAACAGACAACUAGGAACUUGUCUUCUUCUAAGAUGGACAUUCUAUCCACACCCAGAGACAAUGAUGAUUGCAUGCUGUGCCUUCAGACUUUUUCAAUAGUACAAUUAAUUGCUUUUGAUUCUUCAGCGAUUCGAUUGUUUGGCCUCUAUUUCAUUACAUUUUUCCAUCACGUUUGCUGCAAGGGAACUAUCAAACUUGAGGCCUCUCCAGAACAGAACAUGUGGGCCUACUGUAGUCGCUGCCAUUGCUGAAAGUCCAUUUGAGGUGGGCUCAGUUGAGAGAUGACUAGAUGUUGCUGUUUGCACUUUACAGUAGCCUUUCCAGAGCACAUCAAGAGCUACACCUAGUACAUAGUCCUUAUUAACAACGGGCCUCAGUGUUUUCAUCACCAAAGGAAUGGCAAUUAGGUGCUACAUAUUUUUUUAUGGUCUUCAACCUAUCAGCAUAACUGGAGAGAUGUGCUGUCUCUCCUUAUGUAGAGGGACAUUAAAUCAAGCAGUCUGAGUUUACUGUCAACACCCACGUUGUAGCUCACAUGCCUCUGUGAAUGGAUUUACUUUACUCAUUUAGAAAACACUGAAUAAAUAUUUUGAUUCCAAAUUUUA